AUGCUACUCCGGCCCCGGCGGCCACCGCCACUCGCGCCACGGUCGCCGACCGACUUGGUGGCCGAGCUGCUGCCACUGGCCAAGGACGCGCCGGGGACCCCACCGCGGGGCCUGGCGGCGACCAAGGGCGGCUCGCCCCUCAGGCCCGGCGCGCCCGUGUCCCCGGGCUCAGCACAGCACGAGCCCUGGAGCGCCUGGGAGACGGAGCUGCUGCUGGCCGAGCUGCUGCGGCCCGCUGUGUGGCGGCACAAGCUGCCCACCUACCGCCAAGUGUCGGCCGCGCUCGCCCUGCGGCAGGUGCGACGCACUCCUGCGCAAUGCUGCCGCCGCUACAAGUUCCUCAAGAGCAAGGUUUGCAAGGCCACUGGCCAGCCGCCCGGGCCCUUCGACGCGCAGAUCCGCGAGCUCAUGGGGUUGCUGGGUGACGACCAGCAGGACAGGCGCGCCUGCUGCCGCCGCCCCGCGCCCUCCGUGCCCCCGCCGGUUCCAGAAGAGCCAGGUAGGCAGGCGGCAGGGCAGGAGAGGGGAAGGGACUGCAGGGCUAGGGGAAGGUGGAGGAGGGGGGAAGGGCAAUCGGGGCGGGAGGCUGGAAGGGGCGGCCGGGGCCGGAGGCUCAGAGGCCAGCGGGCAGGCGGCAGAGCCGCCGCCCCCGCCGACCCAGUGCUCCCUCCCGCAGGUGCCACGCUGCCCUGGGCCCCCGCCAACCUCUUGCCGCCCGCCCCCACACCGUCGCUGAAUGCUGCUCUGCUGCAGACGCUGACGCACCUGGGCGACAUCGUGGGCAUGCUGGGCCUGCUGCAAGACCAGCUGCUUUCCCGGAACCAGCACGUGGAGCAGCUGCGUGGCUCCUUUGACCAGACCGUGUCCCUGGCCGUGGGCUUCAUCCUGGGCAGCAUGGCCACCCAGCGCGGCGUCCUGGGCGAGCCAAGCUAG